UCGAAUUACAGGGUGCGCUGUAACCCGGGAUUUGUCGCAACACUUGUGCGCGUACUGUGGCACACUGUUGCGCAAAUGUGAAUCUUUUCGAGACAUGUGCUUACACACACAACAGUGUCUAAUCACUCUUCAGGGAAAGCUGGACAUCAAGAAUAUUUGUAAAACAAAUACUGCAAACUUAACUUUAACAGAUGUUACAACUAUUGAAUGUGUUGAUAUCAACCAACCUGACAAAAUAAAAGAGGAACCAAUAACUAUUAUAGAUGUGGAUAGCAUUAUAAAUAAAACUAAUUCAAUAAUAAACUUUGCAAAUGUAAAUCAUGUUUCUGCAAAUAAACUUACAUAUGUGAAGAGCAGGAUGAGAAAAAGAGAGAGUUUAAAAAAUAAUGAAAUAGCAAUUGAAGACAGUGAUGACAAUGGUGAUGAUGAAACAGGAACUGAAAUUAAAACUGAAGUAGAUGAUAGAAAUUGUGAUGAAAUUAAGAAAGAACAUGAAUUUAAAAAUGAUGAUGAUGAAGAUAUUAAUGAAGUAAAUAUUUUUAAGAAACCAGUGAAAAGGAAAGAAAAUAAAAACACUAAAGUUAAGAAAAAAAAAUAGUACGAAAGUUGUAAAAUCUAAGGAUGUUGAAGUAAGUAAGAAGAAUGUUAAAAGAAAAAUGAGGAAUCCGGAAAACAAUUAUAUGCCUGAGUUUGAUUUUGCUAAAUUCGAGAGUGGGCAUGCCGUGAAAAUUGUAACACUGAGUAAAGAAGAACAGCUGGCAGAGAUCGCAGCCCGCAAGAGGUCGCAGAACUACGUCGAGUCGCGGUACAAGUGCGAGGCUUGCGGGAAGGGGUUCAACGCCGAAGCGGCGUUUAACAACCAUCUAACGAGGCAUAGCCCGAGCGAGGGUGAGUUCGCAUGCGAGAUCUGCGCGGUACGCUACAAGAAGAAGUACAGAUGGCAAGUGCAUCAGGACGUGCACCGACUAAAGUUUAUAUGCAACGAGUGCAACUACGUCUCUAGAGACAGGUGCCAGGCGAAGAGACAUUACGACAUGCAUGCAGGCAAGACGUACAAGUGCCCACAUUGUGAGAAGAGUUUCAACAAAAUGACGUCAUUCUUGACGCAUGUCCGCGUGGUGCACCCCGCCCAGUGCGCCGCGUGCGACGUGUGUGGGGAGACCUUUGUGGGGGACAAGGGGCUGAAGAUGCAUAAGAACAGGGCCCAUGCCGAGAAAUCGCAACAUUUCAAGUGCCCAACCUGUUCAGCCAACUUCCUAAGUAUAGAAGCGUUGAACAGACACACAGAGUCGGCUGGAGAGCAUAUAGACAAAGACCUUCGGCCGUGCGAGCAGUGCGGAGAGAACUGUGCGAGCGAGACACAACUACAGGAACAUGUGGAUGAAAUACAUGCGAAGGAAUUACAUCGGUGUGAGAAGUGCGACAUGACGUUCCCCGACGCGACGGCGCUGGAGGUCCACACCAAACGGAAGCAUCUCAACCAGCGGCCUCCCCCCCUUGCGGACAAGCUGUAUCACAGGAAGGUCGCCGCGCGACGUCGCGCCGCCCAGCGUGCGACGACAAAAGGACAAGUCGUGUGUGAGCAGUGCGGACAGGUCAUGCCGAACGCUACUCUGCUGAGGUACCACCAGCGCCGGCACGACGGCGUCAAACCGUUCGCCUGCAGCCAGUGUCCGAAGGCCUUCUACUAUAAAACAUCCUUGGAUGUGCAUGUCCUGACGCACACAGGGGAGAGACCGUUUCAAUGUCCGGAGUGUCCUCUGGCCUUCGUACUAAAGGGACAUCUCAAGCGACACCAUAAGACUGCGCACCAAGGAAUACGCGACAACAUCCCGUGCUCCAUCUGCGGUCGCGUGUUUUCUACCAAGUCCACGCUCACCACUCACGUAAACUCUGUGCACCACGGACAGCCCUGGCCCAAGAGAGACCGGACCAAAAAGAAAAUCAAAAUUAACACUGUAUAAAGUCAAAUAAAUACAUUAUUUACC